CGAGUGCAGUCCCAGAAAGCGUGCGCAAAUGCUUGACUCUUGUGAAAUACACGAGGCUACACAAUCAAGAUUUUAUAUCUCCACCUCCCAAUCAUUCUCUCUCAUUUUGGAGGGAAUCGCAAAGCCCUGAGAGCCGAUAUUUCCCGCUAAAUCGGCCCAAAAUUACUCUAUCGAUCAGUGACCCAUUGUGUUCCGAGUCUGUGCCGCCGCCAAUUACUAAGUGUCGACUAAAAAACCAAAAACCGUCGAGCUAAAAACAGCUCGAGUUUUUUCCGCAAGAUAACAAUUUUCUUCGAUUUUCGUAACAAAAAAAAACCUUCGGAGGAAGAUUUUCGGGGAAAAAGUCGCCAUUUCAUGAAGAUUUCGGCCCCUCCGCUAUGGCUUCCACCAAGCUAAAGCAAGAGGUUAUUGAGGAGGGCCACGAUGACUUACAAGGCCAGUCGCAGCCGCAGGAGGGCCAGGAGCAGAUGGAACAGCAGGUCUCCCAGCCACAGAUACGCUUUGUCACGGCCAAUGUACUUCAGCAGUUGCAGGCGCAGCAGCAACAGGCUGCACAGAGCCAGCAUGAGCAGAGCCUCCAGCAGCAUCAUGGACAGCCGCAGGUCAUCACUCUGCAGCAGCUGCAGAAUUUUGUGCCUAUGGCGCAGCAGCAGCAUGAUCAGCAGAGGACACAGACCAUCACUGUUCAGGGGAUUCCACAGCAGUUUCUGCAGAGUUCCCAGCUGGCGGCUAGUCAGGGUCAAGCGCAGCAGCAGCAGCAACAGGUGACCCAGCAAGCCCAGGGUCAGCAGCAGCCUCAGCAAGCAGCAUCGCAGGCCCAACAGUUGAGCUACAGUGUCAUCCCCCAGAUGCAGACAGUGAACAUCGAUGGCCAAGAGGCCCUCUUCAUUCCCUCCUCAGCAAUGUCAGGCGUCGGUGCCCACCACCAGUCCCAGCCCAUGCAGUUCACCACAGCUGGUGGUCAGCAAGUGCAACUGGCCUCCCAACAGGUUCAACUGGCCAACGGCCAGACCCUCAUCACACCUCAGCCCGUCUCCCUGAUCCGGGCCCCAAGUGUCUUCCCCACCUCCAUCAUCCAGAAUAUCGGUGGGCAAACUGUUCAGUUACCAACAGACUCCAAGGCAACUUUUGAUGUUCCAGGUCAAAGUGUUCAAGUCAGACCUCUGCAAUUUCCAAUGCAGCAUGUCCAGCAAACUGUUCCUGUUCAGGUGCCUGUCACUGCCAAUAAUGGACAGACCAUUUAUCAGACUGUUCAUUUUCCUAUUCAAGCGCUGUCCAACGUUUUCAAUAUGGGGGCUGCACAGAUGAUACCGCAGAUAGCUCAGCAAAUACCGCAAAUGGCGCAGAUCAUCACACCAAAUGGCCAGAUUCAGCAGGUUCAAAUAGCCAAUUUGCCACAGCUGCAAGGACUACAGAGUCAACAGGUAGCCCAGCAGCAGCAAGCCCACGCCCAGGCCCAGGCUCAGGCGCAGGCCCACGCGCAAGCAGCAGCACAAGCCCAAGCCCAGGCCCAAGCAGCGGCCCAGGCCCAGGCAGCAGCCCAAGCGCAGGCGGCAGCCCACCAGGCCCAGCAAGUGGCAGUGGCCUCGACGCCCACCUCGAGCACAACCUGGACGACGUCAGCCUCAAUGUCAGCCCCCAGCAACGUCCAAGUGGUGGGUCUGGGCUCCCUGGGGCGUCCCCUCACCUCGAUAACGACGAAGGAGGGCCAGAAAAUCGACGUCACCAACAUCCCACCCCCCGAGCCCGACCGCGAGAUCAAGCUCACGAGUAUCGACGCCAAUCAGCUGGCAGCAGGUCAGGUGAUCCACAUCCCAGCGGCGCAGGCGACCCAGCAGUCGAUCCAGCCAAUAACGAUAGCAGGUGCCCAGGGCCAGCAGCUGACCCUGAUAUCGGCCUCAGCCCUGACGAAUAUCACGGCUCAACAGGCUGGGGGAAUGAUGAGGGGACUGAACGUUGGAAACGGUGGGAUAAUGCAGCUGCAGCCUGGAACGCCCAACGGUUUUCUCCAGUCAAUUCCCGUGCAGAAUAUCCCAGGACUGGGCAAUGUCCAGGUUAUUCCAGCCAGUGCCCUCCAGCCGGCCGUCCAGACACUGCCAGCAGCCACUGGCAAUCAGAUAGUGGGGCCAACGGUGCACCUGGACUCGGGUGAUCCGGGAAAAUGGCAGAUACUGCAGACUAUUCAGGCGAACGGUGGGAUAAAUGCACAGCCUGCCCAGCAGACCCAGCAGGCGCAGCCUCAGCAGCCGCCACAGCAGCAGGCGAACACUGGGACGACGAGUGCCACCAGUGAGGAUGGAACGAAACAGCACAGGCGGAGGGUCGCCUGCAACUGCCCCAAUUGCAGCGACGGCGAGAGGAACAGGGAUAUAACGCACAAGAGGCAGCAUGUCUGUCAUAUCGCUGGGUGCAACAAGGUCUAUGGGAAGACCAGUCAUCUGAGGGCCCACCUCAGGUGGCACACGGGGGAGAGGCCCUUCGUCUGCAGCUGGAUUUUCUGUGGGAAGAAGUUCACGAGGUCUGAUGAACUCCAGAGACACAGGAGAACGCACACCGGGGAGAAGAGGUUCCAGUGCCCUGAGUGCACGAAGAAGUUCAUGAGGUCCGAUCAUCUCACGAAGCAUAUUAAGACGCAUACGAAGAUUCGGAGUACUGAGGCAGCGACGUCCACGCAAGAAGGCUCAUCAGACAGUCAAUCGUCGACGGAUGACAAAAUAAUCAUUGCCCUACACAAAGAGACUGAACAAACGGAGAUCAUCAUACCUGGUGGAAUUGAGGGAAUGGAGAGUGACACACCGACGCACGUGACCAACGAGUGAACUGCACCCCUAGAAGAAAAUCGUAUUGUUUCCUUCCAAUCGUUCAGUCCAACAGUCCGAUCGAACGAAUUUUCAAACUCCGAAUACAACUGGAACUGAUUCGUUCCGGUGUCGGUCUGUUCGGUACUGCUGAUCAAAGCACCAUUUACAGGGAUUCCUCAUUAUAUAUUUUUCUAUCGUGUAUAGUAAAAGAAAGAAAACCCCAUGCUGUAAAUAAUGUACAUGAAAUGUAAAAAAACAAUUUGCAUAUGAAGAAAUAACGAGAUUAAAAGAAAUUUAAAAAUAA